UCAUACAAAAUUACUACCUUGGUACUCUACUCUACAACAUUAGGUGGAUACUUAUCCACCUAAAAAUGGCUUCAAGUCUUUUGAACACUUCAACAUAUAGUCGAUUCAAUUUAUCUCAAAGCGAAUCGGAUAUUCAAGUUUUUGUCAAAGAAUAUGGCUAUCGCAUAAAAAAGGAAUUUGCCCGUGAAGAUGAAGGCGGCAGAUCAGCAUUUGUCUCUUUCGCUGAAAAGAAACUUAGUUUAGCGGAUGUUACAUGGCUUCAGGAUAAUCAAGAAAGAUUUUUUAAAGAUACCCCCAAUGAGAACUUGUUGAGUUUAAAUUAUUUGUCUCAAACUGGGUAUAUUUGUGCAAUGGUUUAUUCACAUGAAGGCAAAUAUUUGGUUGUCGGUCAUUCUACUGGACUUAUACAGAUGCGACACGGCAGUACAGGAGUAGUUCUUUGCACGCUACGUAACAUACAAUUUCCGCCGAAACCUGUUUUCGCCUUGCAGUAUAGUCGCCUGGAAGAGCGGAUAUGCUAUGCGGCUUGUGUCGAUGGAUCUGUAUAUCGAAUUGAAAUACCUAAUAUGGAUACGUCACUGGACGAUCCUCCAGAGUAUUGCAUUCGAGCUGACCCAGCGCUAGAAUGCCUUAACACGCAAUUCUAUGGAAGUCCUGGGAUUUCCUCCUACUCAACGCCAUACAUUACCCAAAGGAGUGCUGCACUUUCCCUGGGACUAACAGCUGACCAGACAAGAAUGGUUGUCGGCUAUUCCGACGCCAGUAUUAAGGUCUACGAUAUGGAGACUUUAGAGGCGGAUAUAACGUAUAAGGUACAAAAGUUACGGCUACAGUUCAUACCAAAGAAACUGCAGAGGAUGCAUUAUGGACAAGUAUGCGCGAUCCGAUGUCACGAUCAGAAUCCUAAAAUUUUUGCCAGCGGCGCUUGGGAUAACACUUUAAGAAUCUGGGACUUGAGAUGCAAGGUCGGGUGUGUUAUGACUUUUGAAGGAGUGAAUAUCUGCAGUGACAGUAUCGAUUUAAAUAGAGAUAACUGCAUUGUCGGUAGUUGGCAGCCGACAGAAGCCCUCACUAUAUGGAAUUUAGUUGCCAAGAAAAAGUUGCACACCGUCAGAGUGCAGAACAGACGGCCCGACGUCGAUGGCGAAUAUAUUUACGCUUGUCGAUACUGGAGAUCUAAAGAGUACAAUCGUAAAGGGAAGUAUGGCAUCAUCGGCGGCAGCGGCACCAACUGUGUCGAAAUCAUCAACCUCCAUAACCGAUACGUCUCCUGUUCCUAUCCAGCACCUGGAACAGUUCUGGCUAUCACCAGCCAUAAUGAAAAAAUCGCUUUCGGUGGAACCGCACCAGUUUUGAACAUCGUUAGUUUCCACGAUCCCAAACACGAGAAACACAACGUGGAAUCUGAACCGGAGUAUGAUUACACGAUCAGAGAUCCAAAUUGGUUUGAUGAAAAAAGUAACUCCGAUAUGAAACAGACUUCGCAGGUUAAAACUACGAUCAGCAAUGUGACAUCUUCUCUAACCCGCGAUGCUACAUCUGAUAUCAGUCAACCCAUAUAACUUUUCCCUAGCAAGGGCUAUAACAUAAUAA